UAAAUACCGUCGACGACGAAACGAGAGCAAUCAGUAGCUUUCGAGCAGUCUACCACAGAAGUGCACGAUGAGAUUCCUGAUUGUCGCCGCCGCCGUCCUCGCCUGCGCCGCAGCCGCGCCCUCCGGCGCCCUGCUGGCCGGGCCCUACGCCCAUGGCUACGCCGCCCCCCUGGCAGUGGCCCACGCCGCCCCCCUGGCCCUGGCGCACGCGCCGGUAGCCGUAGCCCACGCUGCCCCCGCCUUGCCCACCAUCUCUCCCGGAGACAUCCACGCUGCCGCCAUCGAUGCCCACGUUGACGCCUCAGACCACGCCCGCGCCGCCGUCGACGCCGCCCGCGAGAUCCAAGGCCAGGCCAUCAACGCCGCUGAAGACCACUCGUGGCAGGCGCUCGACGCUGUCAAGACCCAGGAGGCUCAGCUCGACGGCGCCGCCGCCGGAGCCGCCCCCAUCUUGGCUAAGCAGAUCGCUGGACACGCCGCCUACGCCGCGCCCGUCCUCGCUCAUGCCGCUCCCGUGGUCGCUCACGGCUACGCCGCCCACGCUGCGCCCGUGGUCGCCCACGGCUACGCCGCGCCCGCUGUAGCCUACGGCGCCAGCCAUUCCGUCGUGUCCCAGUCUCUGUCCCAGUCCCACCCCGCCCCCAUCGUCCACGCUCCCGUGGCGUACGCGCACGGCGUCCAUGGACUCGCCCACGGAUACUCCCAUGCUUGGUAAUUUCGACAACUGUGAUAGUCAUUUAGGUACCAAAAAUAAUAGUAAAUUUUCGGUUGUACAUAAAUAAAUUAAAAAAACAGACGCCAUAGACGAGGAUGUGCGA